AUGCUGCUCAAGCAGCUAGGACUGGCGUGCCUUGCGGUCUCGGCAAACGGCACGCCGGUCAGUCCGUCGACCAUCCAGCGGCUGGUCGAUCAGACCUUUGGCAGCAGUGCCGACUUGCUGAGCGAGUACAUCUCCACUCUCGCUGGGUCGCACUACCAGUACACCAGCACUCUCGUCUCUGCUCUCAUAGAUUCAGCGAGCCAGUCUACUGGACUCGACCUUGCAUCCUCUCCACCCACUGUAGCACUCGCACAAGGCACCUAUGCAGGCACCACCGUCAACAGCACCCUAGAUCAAUACCUCGGGAUACCGUUCGCCCAACCACCAACCGGCUCCUUACGCUUUCGAGCGCCCCAGGCUAUCAACACGAGCAGCUCGGCGGUCACUCAAGCCACCACUUCGGGCAACGCCUGUCCGCAAGGCACAGAUGCCAGUGCAGUCAGUGAAGACUGUCUCGUGCUCAAUGUACAUGUCCCUACCGGCACCGCCGCCAGCGCUGGUCUGCCAGUCUAUGUCCAUUUCUAUGGCGGCUCGCUCGCCGGAGGCUAUGCCGAUGGACCAGGAACCUAUCGUAAUCCCACCGCCAUACUCACGCGAGCCAUAGCAAACAACCAGCCUUUCAUCUGGGUCGCAAGUAAUUAUAGAAUUGGCAUAUUCGGCUUCAUGGCAAGCAGCGACAUGUCUGCCAGCGAUCUCAACGCCGGCCUGCUCGAUCAGAAGAUGACGCUUCAAUGGGUCCAGGACAAUAUUGCAAGCUUCGGUGGUGAUCCUACCAAGGUUGUCAUGGGCGGAGACAGCGCAGGCGGCUUCAGUGUUGGCCAUCACUUGCUCUACUCAGACUCGUCUCUCUACCGCGGCGCGAUCAUGCAGUCUGGCUUUCCUACAACGGGAGGCUACCUGAGUAUCGCACAAGCUCAGAGCUACUACUACACACCUUUGCUGACAUCGUCAGGCUGCUCCGAUUUUGCUUGCAUACAAGCUUUGCCUUUCGCUACCGUCUUUGCAGCCAACAGCCUCAAAUCAGCUCCUUCCGGUGUACUGCCUUACCAGCCAUGUUAUGACGGCGUGCUGGUCACUGCUCCUCCUGCUGAGCUCAUAGAAGGUGGCAGCUUUGCAAAGGUGCCCAUGAUCAUGGGUGACGUCAGGGACGAAGGCACUCUUUUUUCGCCCACCGGCGUCACAAGCGAUGCCCAGAUCGUAGCUGGCUUGAGCGCCGUCGUCGUGGGUCAAAAGCCACCUAUCAACGGCAACAUCAGCCAGAUCUUGACAGCUUAUCCCAACACGCCUGCGCUCGGCUCGCCCUAUGACACUGGCACCAAUCUCUUCGGUCUUAAUGCAGAGUACAAGCGGGUUUCCUCGAUUGCCGGCGACUUCACCUUUCAUUCGAACAGGAGACGAUUUGCGCAGUAUGCAGCAAGCAGCGGUGUCAAAGCAUGGAACUACCAGCUCGGCACGACAUCCAGUGCGCUAGCCGCUGCGUCCCAUCUGGGUAUCUCACACGGCUCAGAGAUCAUCUUCAUCUUCUUGCAUGAGACGACAACAUUUGCGUAUCAGGUGGCAGACUAUUGGAUUAACUUCAUCACUGGAUUAGACCCAAAUGGCGACUCUUUGCCUCAAUGGAACGACUACGGUCCGAGCGCCGCAUUACUCAAUCUCACUGAGAACGCAGUAGACAUGACGACAGAUGACUUUCGCAGCUCUGCUAUCUCGCUACUCCAAAGCAUAAACUCUGUACCACCGACUGACACCAGCUACGGAGACUCGCCGACCUCCACUGUAGCAGCCGCGGGCUCCAGAUCGACAGCAGCGACUUCGACGGGGAAAGCCUCGCCCUCUUCUGGGACAUCGGCAGCAUCAUCAUCAUCGGCAGCGGCACUUGACAGUCGAAACUUCGCAAGUCUGCUCAUCGCAUGUAUCGCUCUCGCAAGCUCGCAAAUGAUAUAG